UCUGAAGGCAGAAGAGAUUCUAAAACAUGGAGAGAAUUUGUUAGUGAGAAAAUGGGUGGAGCUGAAGGAACAAAACUAGAUGAGGACUUUGUAGAAAUGGAACGGAAAAUAGAGGCUACAAGCAAAGCCGUGGCAGAGGUUCUGUCUAAAACUACUGAGUACUUGCAGCCAAAUCCAGCCUACAGAGCCAAGUUAGGUAUGCUGAAUACAAUGUCAAAGAUCCGGGGACAGGUGAAAACAACAGGUUAUCCUCAGCCUGAAGGUCUAUUGGGUGAAUGCAUGCUCCGAAAUGGAAAGGACCUCGGAGAUGACUCCAAUUUCGGUCCUGCAUUAGUUGAUGUCGGCGAAGCACUAAAGCAAAUGGCAGAAGUCAAGGACUCCCUUGACAUUGAUGUAAAACAGAACUUUAUUGAUCCAUUGCAAAUUUUACAAGAAAAGGACUUAAAAGAGAUUGGGCAUCAUUUAAAAAAGUUGGAAGGUCGCCGUUUAGAUUAUGAUUACAAAAAGAAACGCCACGGUAAGAUCCCGGAUGAAGAAAUAAGACAAGCUAUAGAUAAAUUUGAAGAGUCUAAGGAGCUCGCUGAGAUCAGUAUGUUCAACUUUUUGGAAAAUGAUGUAGAGCAAAUAAGCCAACUGUUGGCUCUAGUGGAAGCAGCAUUGAACUAUCACAAAGAAUCCACAACAAUUCUGGAGGAGCUACAUAACACACUACAGCACAGGAUAAACACAGCCUCUAGCCGGCCGAAGCGUGAAUUUAAGCCCAAGCCUGUAGUUGCCCCAUCUUUUGAGCCCAUUGAUAACCAGCAACAAAAUGGUCUUUCAUAUGCUUCUUCGUUCAAGUCAUCUGCUUCUUGUACACAAGUGGAUCAACCUUGCUGUAAAGCUCUUUAUGACUUUGAUCCUGAAAACGAAGGGGAGCUUGGUUUCAAGGAAGGUGACAUCAUCACGCUGACAAAUCAGAUCGAUGAGAAUUGGUUUGAAGGCAUGUUAGACGGUGAAUCUGGCUUCUUUCCUAUUAAUUAUGUUCAAGUGAUUGUGCCUUUGCCACAGUGAAAACUGCCUUUGGUCCAUUUUUGUAAAUUCUCGGAGAUCAACUCUUGUUGAAAGCUGACUAAGCACAGACAUUUCAUCGGUGUGGCAUUCUGUGAAAGCCUUGCUAUUUGAUCAACUUUUGUACUUGUCUUCUAUUUGUGUAUUUAUUUUUUUACAUGUUCCAUUUGUAUUGAGAAUGUUUACGUCAUUUGCUACAAGAGUAAUGCAAAUCUAACCUAUUUCCGCGAUGAAGUUUACAGUUUCUAAGUAUAUGGCUUUAUCUAUUUAACUUUAUUUGUUUGCCCUGAGCAUCCUGUUGCCGAUUACAAUGCAGAAAUUUUCUAUCUAGCUGUAAUGAAGAAUAUUCUUGAUACAGUUUAGUUAUUGUGGUUAUAAUUAACUGUUUUUUUUGUUCCUGACAAAUGUUGUUGAGCCAUUUGAUUUGGCAGUGUAACUUAUUGUUAUGCGAUAAGAUGUCAUAAUAAAUGUGUGAACAAAAAAACUGUAAUUUAAGUCGCUUUA